GUUGCUUCGAUCCUGAGACAUAUUAGGAAUUCAUCCGUGAUUAUGGAUUGUAAUAUGAUCGCUUGCGGUUUCUCUUUCCUCCUGCUUUUUCUGCAUGGCGCAUAUGCAGAUCUGAGCUAUUCGUUUCCGGAGGAGAUGAAACGAGGAUCAGUUAUUGGAAAUAUGGCCAAGGAUCUCGGGCUGCAGACGAGCGCACUGUCUAACAGAAGAGCCCGUAUCGACACCGAUGAAACUGAUAAACGUUACUGUGACAUAAACCUGAAUAACGGAGAGUUGAUUGUUGCCGACAGGAUUGAUCGAGAGGGGCUCUGUGGAGAAAAGGCUUCGUGCAUCCUAAAACACGAGCUGGUGCUGGAGAAUCCUCUCGAGCUCCAUCGGAUCAGUCUGCACGUUCAAGAUAUUAAUGAUAACUCGCCUCAGUUUAAGGAAGAAUUGAUAAAUAUAGAAAUCCGAGAGUCGGCAGUCAGGGGAGCUCGUUUUGUGAUCGAGGAGGCACACGAUGCGGAUGUAGGACAGAAUUCAGUUCAGCAGUACAGCCUUAAGAAGAAUGAUAAUUUCAUUUUGGCUGCUGAUGGAAACACAAUAGAGCUUGUUCUGGAUAAAGAGCUCGAUCGAGAAAAACAGCAAGAGCUCAAUUUGCUUCUUACAGCUCUAGAUGGUGGCUCUCCUCAGAGAUCAGGUACUGUAGUCAUACACGUCACUGUGCUGGAUGCUAAUGAUAACGCCCCAGUGUUCAGCCAGGCCGUUUAUAAAGCCAGUCUGCCUGAAAAUUCUCCUGUAGAUACUAUAGUGGUCACAGUGAGCGCUACUGAUGCAGACGAGGGAGUCAAUGGAGACGUGACUUAUGAAUUCGGACAUGUUACAGAAGAUGUGAAGAAGAUAUUUAGUAUUGACCGUAAGGUGGGGGAUAUACGUGUUAUUGGCUCUGUUGACUAUGAAGCCACCACUUCAUUUGAAAUACGUCUUAAAGCAAAAGAUGGAUUAGGGCUGUCAUCUUAUGCUAAAGCAAUAAUUUCUGUCACUGAUGUGAAUGACAACGCUCCUGUAGUAGAUUUGAAAUCACUGACUAACCCCAUACCUGAGGACAUCCCACCUGGUACAGAGGUGGGCAUCAUUAACGUGCAGGAUAGAGACUCUGAGAAUAACAGACAGGUCCGCUGCUCCAUUCAACAAAACGCUCCUUUUAAGUUGGUUCCUUCUAUUAAAAACUAUUAUUCUCUGGUGACCACAGGACAACUGGACCGUGAAGUAGUGUCUGAUUACAACAUUACAAUCACUGCCAGUGACGAGGGCUCUCCACCUCUGUCCUCCUCUAAAAGUGUUGAGUUAUCUGUAGCAGACAUCAACGACAACCCACCUGUGUUUGAGAAACAGUCGUACAGCGCAUAUGUGAGUGAAAAUAACAAACCUGGCUCCACUUUAUGUUCCGUUAGUGCUCGAGACCCCGACUGGAGACAAAACGGUACAGUGAUUUAUUCUCUGUUACCCGGUGAGGUGAACGGUGCCCCGGUGUCGUCCUAUGUGUCUGUUAACGGAGACACGGGGGUGAUCCACGCUGUGAGGUCGUUUGAUUAUGAACAGUUGAGGAGUUUUAAAGUCCACGUGAUGGGCAGAGACAACGGUUCUCCUCCGCUGAGCAGCAACGUGACCGUCAGUGUGUUCAUAUCGGAUGUGAAUGACAACUCUCCUCAGAUACUGUACCCCGGGCCGGAGGGCAACUCCUUCAUGACCGAGCUGGUCCCCAAAGCUGCACACGGAGGCUCUCUGGUGUCCAAAGUGAUAGCGGUGGACGCGGACUCCGGACAGAACGCCUGGCUGUCCUAUGAUAUAGUGAAAUCCACAGAUCCGGGCCUUUUCACUAUUGGUGUCCACAGCGGAGAGAUCAGGACACAGCGGGACAUUUCCGAGUCUGACAGCAUGAAACAGAACCUGAUUGUGUCAGUGAAAGAUAACGGACAGCCCUCUCUGUCUGCCACCUGUUCCAUGUAUUUACUGAUUUCUGAUAACUUGGCUGAGGUGCCAGAACUGAAGGACAUUUCUUAUGAUGAGAAGAAUUCCAAACUGACGUCUUAUCUGAUCAUCGCGCUGGUGUCUGUGUCGACGUUUUUCCUGACCUUCAUCAUCAUCAUCCUGGGUGUGAGGUUUUGUCGCAGGAGAAAGCCCAGACUGUUGUUUGAUGGAGCAGUUGCCAUCCCCAGCGCUUAUCUCCCUCCUAAUUACGCAGAUGUUGACGGCACAGGAACUUUACGCAGCACUUACAAUUAUGACGCCUACCUGACAACAGGUUCAAGAACCAGUGACUUUAAGUUCGUGUCAUCUUACAAUGACAACACACUGCCUGCUGACCAGACUCUGAGGAAAAGUCCAUCAGACUUUGCUGAUGCCUUUGGAGAUAGUGAUGGCUCUCCUGAGGUAGGGAUGCGUUUUAGACUAUUCAACCCGCGUUUAUAG